UAAAACUAAACAAAAAAAAAAGAGAAAAAAAGAAAACAAGUGUGAGUCUUUUAUUGGGCAUUAGGCAAAGAAAGCGUUUUCAUGCGUCAGGUAAAUUACUACAAAUUACAAAAACGAACGAGAAAGUUGUGUGUGGUGAGAGAGGCAAACUAUUUCUUCUAGAAGCAAAGAAUCUGAUUUCAAUGUGGAACAAAGAUCAGAUUUUGAUUACUGGGUAUUGAAAAAGUCUGCGUUUUUGAGGUUCCUCUGCUUCUGGGUAUUUAUAAAAGAGAGGAAAGAUUUGAUUUUUUUUUGAGGAUGAUUCAAUGGUUUGUUGUAACUGCUCUCCAGCUAGCAGAGCUGUCAGUGAGCUCCGUCGUUCACAUGAUGUACGGUCUUUACAUAUUCAGCUCCGCCGUCGCCGGAGAUCUCACACAGACGCUGACCGAGUCAAUCUUCAAGGCUAAAACCGCCGUCGAAGUCAAACGGAUUGACCAAGGGAAGACGACGACGACGCAAGUCAAUGAUCUGCCUCCUAUUGUUUUAGUCCAUGGCAUUUUCGGAUUUGGGAAAGGAAGAUUAGGUGGGUUGUCAUAUUUUGCUGGAGCUGAGAAGAAGGACGAGAGAGUGUUGGUGCCUGAUUUGGGGUCUUUGACGAGUGUUCACGAUAGGGCAAGAGAGUUGUUUUAUUACUUGAAAGGUGGAAGAGUUGAUUAUGGUGAAGAACAUAGUAAAGCUUGUGGGCAUUCUCAGUUUGGUCGUUUCUAUGAGAAAGGGGAGUAUCAAGAAUGGGAUGAAGAUCAUCCUAUUCACUUUGUUGGUCACUCUGCUGGUGCUCAAGUUGUUCGUGUGUUGCAGCAAAUGCUCGCUGACAAGAUGUUUAGUGGUUACGAGAACACAAACGAGAACUGGGUUUUGAGUUUAACAUCCUUAUCAGGAGCAUUAAACGGGACUACUCGAACCUACCUUGAUGGAAUAUCGCCAGAGGACGGGAAGUCCCUCAAACUCAUCUCUCUCCUUCAGAUUUGUAAGCUUGGAGUCAUAAUGUACGACUGGAUCGACAUCCCUUGGCUUAAAUCCUAUUACAACUUCGGGUUCGACCAUUUCAACAUGUCCUGGAAGAAGACAGGUUUACGCGGUCUCGUCGAUUGCCUCCUUGGCAACGCAGGUCCCUUUGCCUCAUAUGGUGACUGGAUCCUGCCUGACCUCUCUAUCCAAGGGUCGGUGAAGCUCAAUGCUAAUCUCAAGACUUUCCCAAACACGUUCUACUUCAGCUACGCGACCAAGCGUACUAGAAAGCCUCUUGGGAUGAUGACCGUUCCUUCGGGUGUGAUGGGGAUCCAUCCUCUGCUUUUCAUCCGUGUGUUGCAGAUGAGUCAGUGGCGGUUCCCUCGUGACUUACCUCUGCCUUAUAAGGGUUACAGAGAUGAAGAUUGGCAGGACAAUGAUGGAGCGUUGAAUACUAUAUCCAUGACUCACCCUAGAAUACCUGUUGAACAUUCUAAUCUCAUUGUUCAUAGUGACUCAGAUUGUCUUCCUCUCCAACCAGGCAUUUGGUACUACAAGAUCGUGGAGGCGGAUCAUAUUCUAUUCAUAGUGAACCGAGAGAGAGCAGGCGUGGAGUUUGAUUUGAUCUACGACAGUAUCUUUGAACGGUGCAGGAAACAUGUGUUCAGGAAGAGCCCUCAGACAUUGCCGAAUGAAGCUCAACAGCAGCUAGGAGGAGACCAAGAAGAUUAGAGGGGGCCAGCCAACACAUGUGUAUAGCUUUUGCUUCAUCAUCAUGAUUCAUGAUUACUUUUACCAAAGAAAUAGAUUUCAUUGUUAGUUAUGUUUUGUUUCUAAGCA